UCCCUACUCGUCGUAAGCGCCAGAGGAGUGAUUGUGAUCAUGGUCAACUGCCGCCAGCUUCUUUCGCUCGUACUAGCGCUGUGCUCGUGCCAUGCCUGUUCGGCGUUUGCUGGCGUCGUGACCACGCGCGGAGGAGGGGUGCCAAGCCCAGCAGCCACGCCGCCACGGGCUAUCGAUAGCGUGGAGCAGCAGCUUGGUGAGGAAUCGCUCUCUCGGUGGAAUGAGACGUGUGUCGUAAGACGAGCUCGCGGCGGGGCCCUCCUGCGCAGACGCGGGGUAGCGGUGCCCGCCCCCGACCAAAGCGGCCUCGUGGUGGAAUCGGGCGACAAGAACGGCGCCGAUGGUCUCCUCGCCUCCUACCUCCGCGCCCUAGACACCAAACCCCUCAUCACCAAGGUCUACCAGGUCUUCACGUCUGGGGUGAUCUGCGGCAUCGGUGACAUCAUGGCGCAAGCGCUGGCCUUCAAGACGGCGGCAACGGAGUCCUUUUCCUUGGGCUCUUUCCUCGCGGCCCUUGAGUUCAAGCGGUUAGCUAUCUACGGUGAGACUUGCCUUCGCGUUUUGCCAAGAAUGGGUAUUUUCUCCCGUUUGUUCUCGUUUUGCCUCGGCUCCUCCGGGCGGGGGGUGAUUCACCGACAUCUGUACCUACGGUGGUGUAGAGAAAGGAAAAUAUACAGAUGGAGAAUAAAUAAGCUAGAAGUAGAAGAAACGAGGGUAGAGUUUCAAGAAGAGAUGGCCGUAAACGACAAGAAAUUCUCGGAGUUGAUAGAGGCAAUGGGCACACCGAAGGAUGCCAAAGGUCGGGACCAGGCCGGAUCUAGAAAUCAUAGAAGGGUGGGAAAAGCUGGCGUCCUUGGCGCUCUGUGGAUCGCCCCCGUGGUGCACUACUGGUUCGAUACCCUCGAGGCUGCGUUUAAGGACAAGAAAGCCGUGCCCGGCGCCCCUGCCCCCAGCUUCUCCACGAGGAUGGUCAAGGCUCUCAAGAUGGUGAUCCUGGACCAGGGCAUCGGCGCGCCGCUCGUCAACGCGGGUUUUAUGUUCCUGUUCACGUUUGCGACGGCGCUGACGUCGGGCACCGGCGGCAUCGAGUCCGGGAAGAAGGCCGGCAUAAUGGUCAAGAAUGGCAUCUGGGGCACCAUGCUCGUGUGCUGGAAGCUUUGGCCGAUCGCGAACAUGAUCAACUUCUUGUACGUGCCGGUCAAGUUGCGAGUGCUCUUCAUGAACUUCGUGGGGUUGGGGUGGAACAUUUACUUGUCCGCCGCUGUCAACUAAGAUAACAUUUUUUUAUUUUAUUUUGUAUUUUUUGGCU